AACACACCUACCCCCUCUUCCUUAUGACAGCCCCUCAGAGACUUGAAGACAAUUUGUGACUCUCACCUGAGUUAAGAGCACCAGCUGAGUCAGACGGACCCAAGUGACAAGCCCAGCUUCACUCCCUCUCAACUGUGAGAGCCAGGAUUUUCUUACUGCUUGGGCUUGAGCAGGACCCUUGAUAUCAUCAUUUUGGGGACUUUCUCCUUUGGCCAUGGCAGAUAUGUCAAUACCCUUACAUUCACCACGAUUCAACAAUAUGCUGAGGGUAGAAAAUGAUCUCCCAAACAGAGGGACGACCUUCUCUGGACCAAUGAUAGAGACCAUAGAAGAGGUCCAAAUUCUGCAAUCUCAUGUACAGCCUACAGUCUCAACUUCAGCAUCAGACACUGGAGGGAUAUCUACACAGCUGAUGACAUCACCAGACUUUGACGCCAUGUACACAUCUCUAAUGGGAGUACCAAACUCUGGAGAACCGUCUUCACAGCUAAUGCCAGCCUCAGACUCUGGGGUACUGUCUCCAUUGCUAAUGCCAGCUUCAGAUUCAGAGGCACUGUCUCCAUUGUUAAUGCCAACCUCAGACUCUGGGACACUGUCCCCAUUGCCAAUGCCAGCUUCUGAUUCUGGAACAUUGUCUCCAUUGCUGUCCACUUCAGAUUAUGGUCUAAUGUCUCCAGGGCUGAUGACAAUUCCUGACUUUGGAUCAAUGUCCACAACACUAAUGGAAGCACCAGAUUCUGCAGAGAUAUCACCACUGGCAAUGCCAUCUACAUCUAUAAUGAGCACACCACCCUCUGAAGAGAUGUCCACACCAUUGAUGUUAGCCCCAGAUCCUGGAGAGAUGUCACCACUCCUAAUGCCAGAUAGGCUCACCCCAGACCCUGGAAUGAUGCCCACACAACCAAUGUCAGCUGCAGGCUCUGAAGCAAUGUCACCACUGCAAAUUACAGAUGAAGACACUGAAGCAAUGUCCAAAGUACUAAUGACUGCCCUGGCCUCUGGAGAGAUAUCUUCACUGAUAAUGUCAGGCACAGACUCUGAAGAUAUAUCUUCAUUGAUAAUGUCAGCCCUUGCUUCUGGAGCAACAUCAACCCAUCCAACAAGCACCCAAGACUCUGGGGAAAUGUCCACCCAGCUAAUGUCAGGCCCAGACUCCAGAGUAGUGUCUUCACUGUUAAUGUCAACUCCAGGCCCUGGAGAAAUGUCCACAAUGCUCCUGUCAGGUUCGGAUGCUGGAGAAAUGUCCACUUUGCCAAAACCAGUCCCAGAUGCUGAAGCAAUGUCUCCACUGUUAAUGACAGCAGUGAUGUCUGGAGUGAUGCCCACCCAGCUGAUGCCACCUGAAAACUCUGGAGUAAUGUCCUCACAGUUAACACAAGAUCUGCACUCUCAAAGCAUGUCUGCACCACAAAUGAGAGCCCCAGCCUCUGGCAAUAUGUCUACAUUGCUAAAGGAAGUCUCAGACUCUGGAGCACUGUCCACCCCAUUGGUGACAGUCACAACCUCUGGAACAAUGUCCAUGGAGCAAAUGUCAAUCACAGCCUCUGGAGUGAUGUCCACACAGGUAACAAUGGUCAGAACUUCUGGAGCAACAUCCACAGGCUUUAUGAAAGCCACAAACAAUAGGGCAAUAUCCACACUGCCAGUGAGAAUUCCAACUUCUGGAAUGAUGUCAACACCACUAAGAAAAGCUUCAGAUUCUGCAUCAAUGUCCACACAGCCAGUUAUUGACCCAGCCUCUGAAACAGUGCCCAUGCUACCACUGACAGUCCCAGCCUCUGGGUCAAUGUCCACACUACAAAUGAGAGCACCUGUUUCUAGAGCAAUGCCCAUAUCACAAAGGAGAGCCACAGUCUCAGGAGUAACAGCUGUACCACAAAUGAGAACCCAAGCCCCUGGAGCAAUGUCUACACUGUUAACUGUAGACCCAGCCUCAGGAGUGAUGUCCAUUCCACAAACGAGAACUACAGUCGUGGGAGCAUUGUCUAAGCCACUAAUGACAUCCAAAGCCUCAGAAGCAAUAUUCAUGCAGCAAAUGACAACCACAGCUUCUGGAGACAUAUCCACAAUACUAAUGAGUGACACAACUUCUGGAACCAUGUCCAUGCCACAGAUGACAGACACUGCCUCUGCAGAAAUGUCCACACUACUAAUAAGAACCCAUGCCACACCACAAAUGACAACUGCAGCCUCUGGAACUAUGUCCACACCUCUAAUGAGAGCCCUAGGCCCUGGAGCAAUACCCACAGAACUAAUGAGAACCACAACCUCUACAAAGUUGCCCAGGCAGCCAAUGAGCACCCAAGAUUCAGGAGGGAUGUCCAGAUCACUUCUGAGAUCUAUAACCUCUGGGGGGAUGUCCCCAUUGCAGAUGCAAGCUCCAACCUUGGAAAUGAUAUCCACACCAAAAUUGAGAGCCCCAGCCUCUGGGGAGAUGUCCACACCACUGAUGAGAACCUCAGACCCUGGAGAGAUGUCUGCACUGCUCAUAAGAGAUUCAUCAUCUGGACCCACAGCUUAUGGAGUGAUUUCUACUCCACAAAUGAUAGCCACAGCCUCUGGACGGGUGUCCAUACCACAGAUGGGGUCUCCAGUCUCUGGUGACAUGUCCACAUGGCUCAUGACAUCCACGGCCUCUGGAGUAAUGUCCACACCUCAAAUGACAUCCACGGCCUCUGGGGCAAUGUCUACACCACAGAUGAUACCCACAGCUCCUGGGGAAGUGUGCACACUAUCAGAGCAAGCCUCAGCCUCUAGAAUGAUGUCCCCACCACUAUUAAGGGCCCCAGUCUCUGGAAUUAUGUCCACACCACUAAGGGCUCCUUCAGCUUCUGAAGAUGUGUCCACAGAGUUAAAGAGAGCUUCAGUCUCUGGAAAGAUGUCCACUGCACAAACAGCCAUGGCCUCUGGAGGGAAGCCCAAGCCAUUCAUGAGAGCCACAGCCUCUGGAAUAAUGCCCAUGCCAUUGAUAUCAGCCAUGGCUUCUGGAGAGAUGUCUGUGCCGCUAAUGGAAAGCAAGGCCUCUGGAGCAAUGUCCACACCACAAGCAACAGUCAGAAGUUCUGGAUCUAUGUCCUUGCCAGAAACAACAUACUCAGCUUCCAGAGGGAUACUUCUGCCACCAAUGAGAACCUCAGGUUCUGGAAUGAUGUCCACACCAUUUCUGAGAGCCACAUCCUCUGAAGGAAUACCCACACCACUAAUGAGGACACCAGUCCUGGGAACCAUGUCGAUGCCACAAAUGACAGCCACAGCCUUUGUGGAAAGCAAAGCCACAGACUCUGGAGAAACUUCUACCUCUCACAAUAACAUCACAGCCUAUGGAUCACAGUCCACACUACACAUGACUGCCACAAUCCCUGAAACAAUGAACCCACCACUAAAGGAAGUUCAGUCCUUUGGCAUGCUGACCCCAGCACUCUGUUACCUCUUAGAAGAGCAGGAAGCAGCCCGGAGUUCAUGCUCUGAGGAGGAGGAGAUGAAGAUUGAUGAGGAGAAGCAAAUGAAGGGAUUUUUGGAUGAUUCAGAGAAAAUGGCAUUUCUAGUGUCUCUUCAUCUAGGGGCAGCAGAAAGGUGGUCUAUCUUGCAGAUGGAGGUAGGAAACCCCCUCUCAGAUGAAAAUAAAUCUUUCCUAAAAAGAUCACAGGGCGUAUAUAAUUCCCUCUCUGAGAUGGACAUCCUCAGUGCUGUUCUUUGCCACCCCAAGCAGGGCCAGAAGUCAGUCAGGCAGUAUGCCACUGACUUCCUGCUGCUCGCGCAACAUUUGUCUUGGUCUGAUGCCAUUUUACGGACCAGGUUUCUGGAAGGACUCUCAGAAGCUGUUACCACCAAAAUGGGACAGAUCUUCCUCAAGGUGGCUGGCAGCCUAAAGGAGGUGAUAGACAGGUCUCUCUACAUUGAGUGCCAGCUGGCUGAAGAGAAGGAUUCCCCAGGCAGCUCAAGCCAGGUUCUGCAGUCAGCCUGUAAGCGGAAUAAUGAGGAGGCAAUGAAGAAUGAAAUGAACACUGAUCAGCAGACUGAGGAGCACCAGCAUGUUCCCAAACGCUGUUACUACCUGAAAGAGCACGGAGACCCCCAAGAAGGUCUACACAACCACCUUCGACAAAGCACAGGUCAUCAGAAGGCCCCCACCAACAAGUAAUGUUCCCUGGACUCUUCUGUGAUAUUUGACUCAGUUGCUAUCUUGAGGACUGUUUCCUGAACCCAUUCCAUUCAAUUAUAUCAUAAGCUUUGUGGCCUUUCCCCUUUAACGCCCCCCCCCAUGCGCAUCCUGCCCUAUCUUCCACUUGGGUGGCAUGACCUUCUCUUUUACCCCAUAUGCCUGUGAUUUGUCCUGACAAUCAGAGUGUGGACUUCAAGAGUUCCUAUUACCAUCAAAGGCAGUUUUAAUUCUUGGUCCAGGGAUAUAUCUAGGCAGGAGAAAUGAUGUCCUACCUCAAAAACACCUUAGUGUCUUGCCACAUGUCAUCAGGUAAACUGGAGGACUCCCUGGUACUCAUUUCUCCUGGCAGGGGAGCCUGUAAGGAGAGUGAUGGCCACUCCUACACACUUUUCACCCAGUAGACUUGCCAUUACAUGCCCCAACUCAUAACAUGUAACAUAGGUCUCCAGAGCACUUGCCUUGUUUAUAGGCUCCAUCUGGAACCAUUUAUUUUAACCCAUAAUAAUGAUUGUAGUAAUGGCUACUGUUUAUUGAUUAGAUACUCUUUGAUAGAUACUGGGCUAAACUGUUGACAAGCACUAUCUCACUACAUUCUUACAAUAACCGAAGCUGUUAUUGUGUUGUCAGCUUCUGACCUCUUGAUCUGUUUUGUAUAGCUCUUGUCCUUUAGUGUCAAAUCUCUAGCACUGACUUCUGGGUGAUGCCCUCAGCUGUUAUUUAACCUCACUCCCCUCAGCUAUUGUGCUUUAUGUCCAGCACUCUUGAUAAGAGUUCUGGUCUUUAAACAGGCAGAAAUAGAACAUAAUGUGAGCAGUGUUUGUCUUCAAGUGGUGGGAUUAUGGUGUUCUUAUUUUCUUCUUCCUACUUCUCUGUACUUUCCAGAUUCUCUGUAGUAAGCGUGCAUUACAUUUGUAAUCAUAACAGUAAAUAAACUUUACUUAU